UGCCAGCUCCCUUCCUCCCGCCAGCUGCCAGGAAAAAAAAAUUAGGGCAAGGACAGGGAGCGAGAGCAAAACCAAUGAACUUGUUUCCAGCUUUUCCUUCGGAUCAGCCGUCCAGCAGCGGGAGAAAAAUAUUUGUCCUGUAAAAAAAUCCCCUCUCCGUGCAGGCUCCGAGCCCUUCGUCACUGGGACACAGGCUGGAGACGCGGGCUCAGCUCGGCAGCAGAGGACACUGUGUCACCAUGAGUCCAUUGUGCCAUGGAGGAUGUCCUGAGCCCUGUAGGGACAUCCUGGGCCCCUUGGGGAUGCUCUGGGUCCUGUGGAGAUCUGCCACCCGCCUUCCAGUGCUGCUCCUGGGACACAGGGGCUGCCACAGCCCUGUGCUAGAGAGGCAGGGAUGGAGGUGCUGAGCUGCAGUUGUCACCUCAGGGACCACACAGCAGGUGCCCUGGAAGGUGUGCGACAGACCACAACUCGGACAACACCACGGCGAUGCUGCAGGAGUGGCUGGGGGCGGUGGGGAAGGACUAUCACUCGGUGCACUGGAAGGUGCAGGAGGAGCCCAGCUCCUACCCCGACGAGCUCGGGCCCAAGCACUGGAGCGACAAACGCUAUGAAAACCUGAUGAGGCUGAAGCAGGAAGCGCUCACCUAUGCCCGGGAGCAGCAGGCAGACUACAUCCUGUUUAUGGACACUGACAGCAUCCUGACUGACAACCAGACCCUCAAGUUUCUCAUGGCACAGAACAAGUCAGUGGUGGCCCCCAUGCUGGACUCGCAGACCUUCUACUCCAACUUCUGGUGUGGCAUCACACCCCAGGGCUACUACCGCCGGACAGCCGACUACUUCCCCACCAAGAACCGGCAGCGGGUGGGCUGCUUCCCCGUCCCCAUGGUCUACGCCACCUUCCUGAUCGACCUGCGGAAGGAGGAGACGUCACGGUUGGCUUUCUACCCACCCCAUCCCAACUACACCUGGGCCUUCGACGACAUCAUCGUCUUUGCCUACUCCUGCCAGGCGGCUGGUGCUGAGGUCCAUGUGUGCAACCAGCACCACUUUGGCUACAUCAAUGUCCCCGUGAAGGCCCACCAGACGCUGGAGGAUGAACGUGCCAACUUUGUGCAUCUCAUGCUGGAGGCCAUGGUGGAUGGCCCCCCCAUGCAGCGCUCCAGGCACAUUUCCUUCCUCCCCAGGCCGCUCACAAAAAUAGGAUUUGAUGAAAUCUUCCUGAUCAACCUGGUGCGGAGGCCGGACCGGCGCCAGCGGAUGCUGGCAUCCCUGCAGGAGCUGGAGAUCCUCCCACGGGUGGUGGAUGCUGUGGAUGGCAGCACCCUCAACAGCAGUGACAUCAAAGUGCUGGGGGUGGACCUGCUCCCUGGGUACUACGAUCCCUUCUCUGGCCGCACGCUCACCAAGGGCGAGGUCGGCUGCUUCCUCAGCCACUACAAUAUCUGGAAGGAGAUCGUGUCCCGGGGGCUGGAGCGGUCGGUGGUCUUUGAGGACGAUGUGCGCUUUGAGGCCGCCUUCCCUGCACGGCUGCAGCGGCUGAUGGACGAGCUGGAGCGGGCACAGCAGGACUGGGACCUCAUCUACCUGGGGAGGAAGCAGGUGAACGACGAGGAUGAGGCGCCCGUGGAGGGUGUGCGGAACCUGGUGGUGGCCGGGUACUCAUACUGGACACUGGCCUACGCCAUCUCCCUCCGUGGGGCACAGAAGCUGCUGGCCACCAAGCCCCUCUCCAAAAUGCUGCCAGUGGAUGAGUAUCUGCCCAUCAUGUACGACAAGCACCCCAAUGAGGAUUACAAGCGGCACUUCUCCCCCCGGGACUUGCUGGUGUUUUCAGCUCACCCACUCCUGGUUUAUCCCACCCACUACGCUGGGGACAGCAACUGGCUGAGUGACACUGAGACCUCCACCAUCUGGGAUGACGAUGCCAAGAAGACAGACUGGGCUGGCUCGCAGAAGACCCUGCGGGACUCACGGGGCAGCGCCGGCCACCUCCGCUCCACUGGCCACGACGAGCUCUGAUGGGAUGAGGGAUCGUGACCCAGCUGGGAGCACCGCGGGCCUGAUCCUGCCCACUCCUACUCCAGUGAUGCAGUUGCCCUGGACAGACCUCCACGGGGUUCUUCGAAUCUGACUGUUACAAAUCCAACCUAAGGCAGGAUUUGCCUCAGGAGAGCCUUUCCCUGCCAGGUGGAGUGACCAGCCAAGCGCUGUCUCUGCUGAGCACACGUCUCCAGGACUGCCCCAAGUGAUGCCAACUCUGCCACCAGCUUGGACUUUUGGGAGUGCUUUUCAGGCUGGGGGCUGGCUCCUGCAGUGGCACAUGUGGCCUCCUGCCACUGACUGGGUUGUCCCUCGUGCCAUGUCUGGGCUGAAGCCCAGGGAGGAUUAAAGCAGACUGUGAUUGAGCUGA